GGGGUGCUGGGAAGGAAAAACGUCACUUCAGAGAACGUCUUGUGUGCUCUGCCCACGGGUGGCCCCGAGCUAGCUGAGUAGGUAGUGUUGGGUUACUGAGAACCCAGCCUGUUAAAUGUCACGCUGUGAUGUCAGGCUCAGGGCACGCAUGUAAAUGAGCACUCGGGUUAGACGGUGAUUUUCAAGCUCCAAGAGGUGAUGGGCACCCUGACUUUUAGGGUGCGCUGCUCUUACGUGCAGAGUGUUCUGCAGAGUCGGGUCGGGUUGAGAUCACAAAUGUCACUGGCUUCUCGGCCCUGGGAAGCACACCUUGUGGGCAUCCCAGGAACUUUUCCUGCUCUGGCUGCCCCCUGCGGUGACCUUACUGGGGGUUAGUGUGGGAGGUUGAGGAGGGACUAUUGUGUGGUAAUGGUUACUCUUUUCUUUUUUGGUACGGGCUAUUGAAACCAGUCCUUUGUAGUUUGUAUUUUGAGACAAGAUAUUGCUAAAUCAGUAAGUUGCCCAGGCUGGGUUUGAACUGAUAACCCUCCUGCCUCAGCCUCCCAGAGUGCUGGGAUUAUAGGCAGGCAAAGCUAGCUGCUACUUUCUUGGGUGUUCCAUGCUGGGCAUUGAGUGAAACACCCCAAGGUUUCAUUUAACCCGCACUAACGCAGGGUAAGGGGUAGAUCACCCAUUACCCUCCACACUGGGCUCUACCUGAGCUCUGUCCCUCAGAGCCUGGAUUCCAUCCAGGUGGGGCAAAGCACGAACUCCUGCUGCCCGGUGUGUGUGUGUGUGUGAUGACUCCGUGAUAAGAGAGGCAAAUCAAAGCCACACCAGGAUAGCACUUCACACCUAAGAGGAUGACGACAGCAAUAGCGGGUUUUUUUUUUUUGUUUUUUUUUUUACCAGUACUGGGGAUCAAACUCAUGACCACAUGCUUGCAAGGCAGGUGCUUAUGCCGCUGAGCUAAAUCCCCAGCCCGUUUUUUUUUUUUAAUGGAAAAAUUGCAAGUGUCCUGGGGAAAGUGAAAUCACCACUCAUCGCUGGAGGGAAUGAGAUGGCCGAGGCAGCUGUGGAAGGUACACUCGGUCCUCCCAAAGCCGAGCAUGAGGGGCCGGGGAUGCCGCUCAGUGGUACAGCACCUGCCUGGCAAGUGCAAGGUCCUGAGUUCGAUUUCUGGUACUAAGAAAUAAAAUUUAUAAAAAGCCAUUAAAAAAUAGUCAAACAUGACUACUGCAAAAUGUGGCUUUAGGGCUAGGCACACACUUGGGAAAACCGAACUCACCGAGCCAUGCAGAGAGCUACACCGUGGCUCACUGUUCAUGACAGUGUGAUUCACAGGAGCGCUUAACUGAGGUGGCAGAGGCACAAUAGCUACCCAAUGGAAUAUUACUCAGGCUUGAAAAGGAAUGAAGUACCAGCUCAUGCCACAACGUGAGCAGACCUUAAAAACAUGAUGCCAAGUGAAAAAUGCCACUUGUGGGCCACAUUCGUGUGAUCAAUCUGAUUGCAUUUUUACUAGAUGUCCAGAGACAGAGAAUAGAUUUGCAGGCACCUGGGGCUGGAGUGGUGCCUGACUGUGGGUGUGGGAUUUCCUUUUGGCAGUGAGGCUCUGCUUAGGUUGCAGUGACGCUCGCAUAGUGCCGUGAAUGUACAGAAACUUGCUGAGUCAUAAGCUUUGAUUAAAGUGGACUCUUAAUUUUUUUUUUCUUUUUGAGACAGGGUCUCCCUAUGCAGUUCAGGCUGACCUUGAGCUCACUUUGUAGCCCAGGCUGGUCUCAAACUCGCAACGAUUCUCCCACCUCAGCCUCCCGAGUGCUGGGAUUACAGGCGUGAGCCAGACUUGAUUUUUUGAAAAGGCUACGUUAGGGGCAGAUCUAGGGGAGCCCUGGGGUCCUGGACUGCGUGGCCCCGGUUUACCUGGGGACAGCGGGGAGCCACUGCAAGUCUCUUAGGAGGACAUCAGCACAGCAGAGCUCGUGUGGACUGAGGAGCAUCGGGCACCACGGGAAUGCCGGCUCCAUCCCAGCCCCUCCUGCGCACCACCGGCCUCCCAGGCACAACUGCAGUGGGAUAGAGGGUCAUUCUUUCCUGUUUGGGUCCUAAAGAAACAGGUCUGCUGUGGUCCGAACACUGUUUUUGAAUUUUGUUUUUGUUUUUGAGACGGAGUCUCGCUAUGCAGAUCAGGCUUGCUUUGAGCUCACUUUGUAGCCCAGGCUGGUCUCAAACUCAGAGUGAUCCUCCAGCCUCAGCCUCCGGAGUGCUGGGAUGACAGGUGUGCACCUCACACCGGGCUGGUCCAACCAGUGUUGCUAUGAUCUCCCCUCGCUAGGGAUGCCCCUGGUCAUCUUGCUGGGGCCCCUGGACACUCCGGGGACAGGCUUCUUUUAGAGCCCCCAGACCAUCUUUCCACCUCCUCUCUGUCCUUUUCUGCCCCCCCCCCACUUUUCUUUGCUUUCCCUUCUUUUAAAUCUGCGUCCCUGGCUUUCUAACGUCCCCCUCAGGUCCCCACUUCGCCAGCCGAUGCCACCCUUGCCCUGCUGCUGCCUCUUCCCUCGCCAAUCCCGCCUCACACAGAAGAGCACAGAAAACCAGCAUGAGGCUGCCCGGGUUCCCCACACCACCUGGCUCCCUGUCCUGCUGGUCGGGACAGUCCUAGUGCCCUGUAAAGCAAACAGCAGGAAGGCCGGCUCCUGGGAGGCCUGGAGGGCCACGAGCUGUCCACUAGGGGGAUGAGUGUCUGAUGCCUGGCACAUGGACACAGCGUCCGCAGCAUCCUGGACCUUACGGGGUUCGGGGUCAGCGUGCACGAACGCAUUUGGCUUCACUAAGAAGUGGUUUCAUCCCAGGGAUCCGAGCUAGUUGCAGGACAUGCCAGAGGCUGUGACAGGGAGACUUGCUGAAGGGACACAUGCUUUCCCAACAAGAGACAGCUGUUUCCAAGAAGCAGCCUCAAGAGCCACUGUCCUGGCAGGGGCUCUGGGGUUUUGGGGGCAGGGCUCAGGGAGGCUCCUCAGAGCGCUGGGGUGGGGACUUCCCACGAAGCCCCGCCCGGUGAGUCACAGCCGGGGCUGACCUGCAGCCCUCGGUGGCUGUGGAGCUCACUGUGAGCUGCCCUUCAGCAGCAGGAGAAGGCUCUCUCUGCAGCUCUGAGAUUGCAAGCUGCUCCUGUGGGACACAGAAGUGGUGGUUGAAAGGCAGGUCAUUCUGGGAGGAGGAACCUGGGAGGCCUCUGCAUUUUGCAGGUGACACUCGUGAGGCGGCUUGCCGGGUGGCCUUCCUCCUGGGGUCCCUGCGAGGUCUCGUCAUGGAGAGCAGCUUUCGCAGCACGCUGGUGGCGGUGCUGCUGGUCGCCAGUUUCGAGAGAACGAAAUCAGUGCUGGACUCCUGCGGCAAGUGUCCAGCGGGUACUUUCUGUGAGAAAAAUAAGGAUCCCCCCUGUACCCUCUGCCCUGCAAACAGUUACUCGAGCAGAGGUGGACAAACGGCCUGCGACAUCUGCAGAAAAUGUGAAGGUCUCUUCAGGACGAAGAAGCCGUGCUCCCCGACCAGCAAUGCGGAGUGCGAGUGUGUCCCGGGGUUCCGCUGCUUGGGGCCGGGCUGUGCCAGCUGCCACCCAGACUGUGAGCCAGGCCAGCAGUUCACAGAAGAUGGCUGUGAAGACUGCUGCUGCGGAACCUUCAAUGGGGAGAGAGGCGGCGUCUGCCGGCCCUGGACGCAGUGCUCUCUGAGUGGAAAGACCGUGCUCGUGAAUGGGACGAAGGAGAAGGACGUGGUCUGUGGCCCGGUUCCAAGCGACUUCCCCCCAGGGCCCUCUCCGCAGUCCUUCAGCGUCCUCCUGGUGCUGACCUCUGCCAUGGUUCUGCUGCUGCUGCUCCUCUGCGUGUGCCAGCACUCCGUCAUCAAGUGGAGCUGGAAGAGGUUCGCGUACCUGUUCAAACGACCGUUCAUGAAACCAGUACAAACGGCCCAGAUGGAGGAUGCUUGCAGCUACCGAUUUCCACAAGAAGAAGAAGGCGAGUGUGAACCAUGAGGGGAAACGCACCGAGCCGCUGGGGUUCUCUUCAGGAGAAAGAAACAAGGGAGAACCUGGAGAGGCCCCGCCCUGCUGUCCUUCUGAAAUACCCAUGAUGACCUCCAACAGUGUUUUCUAAUGUUAACGAACUGGGCUUUUAAAAUGACCACUUUCAGCCGGGUGUGGUGGCGCAUGCUUGUAAUCCCAGCACAGGGGAGGCCGAGGCAGGAGGAUUGCUGUGAGUUCGAGGCCAGACUUGGCCACACAGUGAGUUCAAGGUCUGCCUGAAUUAUAUAGCAAGACCCUGUCUCAAGAUCAUCACAAUCAGUGCUGGUGUGUGUCUGUACCAUGAUGUGUGACGAUACGCCGUAAGAAGCAGUCUGCUUUCCACGGCAUCUGUUAUGUAGCGCCAUCUGUGCUUCCGGAGGACAAUGGUGACACCCCGAAACUGCAGUCCGGAACAAGACAUCUGAGACCCAGAGAAAGUUUCAGAAAGAAGUCGGGUGUCUUUGCCAGUCUCCAGGUCCUCUCCACCCCUUCCCUUCUGCCUCCGUCCUUCUGCGCCAGGUUAUGUUGAUAAGCGGGGGACCCAUCUCCGGCAUCAGGCACACUCAGAAAGCCAACACCGGGGCCUCGCAGCCCAACCAGGCUGCUGGAGCAGGGCCACCACACUCCCUUCGCCAAGUCCAGCCACCAUUGCCUUUGGGCGGCUAGGCAGGCUCCACAUCUGUAAGUGGUUAAGCAUCUCAAAAGAAGAAUUUUCAUGUGACAUAAAAUUGCACACAAUUUAUCAGCAAAGUUUCAGGGGCACGUGAGCACGUUUCCUUAUUUCCAAGUCAUCUAAGGCUGUCCUUGCACUAUGGCAGCAGAGCUGCGGGCUUGUGUGAGAGACCUCGAAGCCUAAGACGGUUGCUAUCUGACCCCUCAAGGGCCAGAGGCAAGGUGAGCGCGUCCAUCUGUGGACACUUUCCUCCUCCUCUUCUGCCAACUCCUGGGCAGCCUCUCCUGGGAACUUUGCACUAUCCCUUAUUGCAAGACAAAUGAUUUGUUGGUCAGUGAUGCACCCUACAACUGUAUGACUUAGUCUUGGUUGUUUCUGAGCCUUGUGAGCCUCAUCCUGUGUUGUGCUGAGCCUUCCACAAUCACUGUGAUAACUGGAGAAUAUAUUUAUAAGAUUUGUCUGUGUCA